GAGAAAGCGUCUUCCUCAUGGUUACCGACCGUCGCAGUUAGCCAAACAGCUCGUGUUAUCGUCUGUAAUAGCGUGCAUAUCUCUACAGGUUUGACAGAAAACACAUCAAACAUGUUCAGCGACGGCUGUACGUCAAAUAUUGUUAGUGAGUUUGUUUAUCAGUGAGCUCCAGAAAGUCUGUAAAGAUGGGUGAGGAUCUUGCAAGUGAAAGUGAUCUGCUGUCAGUGAUCAACGAGUAUCUGAGGUUCGCUGAGUUUGAAGAGACUGCGAGAGUGUUUGAAAAGGAGCUCAAGGGCAAAGGCAAACCUGCCCUCAGAAGUGCAGGACACUCCCGGAGAGACUCCAAAACCAUCAGCACUCACGAUGAUCUGCUCAGCUCUUUUAAUGAUGGCGACUAUAAGGUAUUCUCUGAGCUGUGGGCUAAAAAUAUUCCUGCGGAGAUUCGGGAUUUUGAUCCAGUAGCUCAGAAACUGGAAUUCUACUUACAAAUUCAUUUUACAAUAUACCCACUGAAAUCCCCUGUAGGAAGACAAGAUAAAGGAGAGUUUGACGGCAGGAUCACACAUUUCAGGCACUAUCUGGAGACCAGAGGGGCGGCACUGAGCCAGACCACUGAAUUCCUGCCGUUCUACGCCCUGCCGUUUGUGCCCAAUCCCACCGUACACCCGUCCUUCCAGGAGCUUUUCCAGGAUUCCUGGAUGCCGGAGUUGAGAGAAAGGCUGGAGAAGUUUCUCUCAGUGACUCUGAAAGCUUCAAACACACCGAGGCUUCUGACUUUAUAUAACGAAGGUGGAAAGGGCAACAAAGAAGCAAUUCAGCAAAUGCAGCUCCAUUUGACCGAGGCAGAAAGGAGGUUGGCCAUCUGCAUGAGGAGAUUCGCUGAGCUGCAGGCCGACCAUCACAGCCUCAUCGGCGUCACGGCAGAGCUGGUGGAUUCGCUGGAGGCCACAGUCCGUGGAAAGAUGAUCUCCCCGGAGUACCUGCAGGGUGUGUGCAUGCGGCUCUUCAGCGGUCACAUGAGACAGAGUGCUGCUGAGAGCGUGGACUUCACCAGACCUGGCACUGGAUAUCACUCUAUGAGUCCUUGCGAUGAUCGAUAUGCUUCCUCAAUGCUGCGGGCAUCGGUCACACCUCAGAGGCCCAAAGACGUGCCAUUGUUGCCUUCCCUUGACUACGAGAAGCUGAAGAAAGACCUAGUGAAUGGAUCAGAUCGACUGAAGGCUUUGCUGCUUCAAGCUUUGCGCUGGAGGUUAACCAGAUCUCUGCAAGGUGAGCAAAGAGACAUGGUUUUGCAAGCCUUCAUCAGCAAUGAUCUUCUGGAGCGCUACAGUCCCAAACAGAAAACUGUUCUUCAUCUGAUGAAAUCCAGAAAUGGGAUUGUCAGACAGUAUAUGGCUCGACUGAUCAAUGCCUUUGCCUCUUUGUGUGGUGGACGUAUGUACCUGUCUCAGAUACCUUCUUUACUGAGGUUUCUGCUCGACUGUCUGAAGACUGAAGACAAAGAGUCUGUAACUCGAGAAAAUGUCCUUGGAGCACUGCAAAAACUCAGCCUCAGGCGAGCACAACAGUCUGCCAUGAUCAGAGACGGUCUGAUUGUCUGGUUGGUAAAAGAGCUCCAUGACUCCGACUGUCUGUCUGACUACACGCUUGAAUAUGCCAUCUCCCUCCUCAUGAACCUCUGUCUGCGCACUCAAGGAAAGAAGAAAUGCGCAGAGGAGGCCAAGCAUGUCCUAAAAGUCCUGACGGAGCUCCUGGGACAUGAGAACCAUGAGAUUCGGUACUAUGUGAACGGAGCUUUAUACAGCAUCCUGUCCGUGCCAGAGAUACGAGAGGAAGCUAAACAGAUGAGUAUGGAGGAGAUCUUACGCUGUUACAGUAAAGAAGAAAAUACUGAACUCAACAGACAAAUUGAAUUCAUCAUCAGGCAGCUUAACUCAGCGGACCUCCCUGAACAUGAACCUGAGUCAGAUGAUGAAGAGGAGGAUGACGACGACGACGAUGAUGAGGAAGAUGUGAUGGAGGCAGACCUAGAUAAAGAGGAAGUCCUGCAGCCUGAGCCGAAAGAGCUCAGCGGAGAAUCUUUGCUGACAGCAGAGUAUCUCGGGAUAAUGACCAACACGGUGAAGAUGAAGAGAAGAUGGUAUCCUCCAUCAACACGCAGCACAGACGAGCCACUCCAGAGGCCCGUUACGCCCAGUUCACACAAAAACACCAUAGCUGGAGGUGAUGGAGUCUACGCUGUUACCCGACAGAGAAGGGAAGAUAGCCCCGCCCACUCUCUAUUUAGUUCCCGCCCCAGCACUGCUGAAUCCAUUCACCAAACCCUGGCCUCAGAUUCAGAAUGCUGGCGUUCCUCUGUGGAAUCGGGACUCACGGGGUCCCCGGAAAGACCUGUACCUCUGCCAGGCCAGAACGACACCAGUGGCCACUCGUACAGUGGCCAAAACGUAGGCUUUGAAAACCAUGCAAAUAUUCCUUGCACCCCUGACAGUGACGCAGGCAGGACCGGCAGGCCUCGUCUUCCCCCCCUGGCCCCCCAGUUCUCCAACAGUGAGCCCCAGCAGAGCGGCAGCAGGCCCGGUUCUUCAGGGGGCUCCGGCGGGCGGCCCAGCCAACACAGCAGCCAAUCACAUAGAAAGUGAAAAAAGAGGAUCUUUCAGCUGGAGAAUCCUAUCGCCAGAGGAGCAUCCUACUUCCUGUAACAUCAUCCAAGUCUCUUAUCACAGUCAGGCCAACAGAGAUGCCCGAGGGCCUGUGGAACAAAGCUGAGGAUUGUGGUUUCGGAGGGCCUUUCAGCCCCUGCCACAGAGUGCCUCUGUAACACAACACACACAAGCAAUAAUCACAACAAGUACUUUCAUUGUCCCACAACCUCCCAAACACCUGGCGCUCCGCUCCUGCUUUGUUACUCUUGAACCUCGACCACCCUCGCUCAGCUGAAGCAGAGAGAUUUCAAAUCAUACAAGAAUUAAGUUGUUUUCGGUAUUGCUCUUGUGAUUUGAUGCCGUUUUAUUGUUGUCGCCAUUUUUUGUGUACGUUUUAGUAAUAAAACUUCAUAUUGACCUGUAGUGCUGUGUGAAAUAGGCCUGAUGGAAGAAACUAAUGCUGGUAACUUUGAAUAUUCAGAUUAAUGUUUACACCUGUAGGUUGCAAUUGUAGGUUUGAUUUGUGCAAUGAAGUGUUUUAAAGUCA